CUUCCGUUUCUAGGACUGCAGCUCACGUUGUCUUUGCUUUUGUAAACAUCCUUGAAUGUUUCUCUUUUUGUAAUAUAGUUCCUCUUACUUUUACAUUUCAAAGUAUUAUAGUUUCAAACAUGGGCUUUCUCAUGUCUAAAUCCAUGGAUGCAAACUUACAAAAGCAGCAGGAGUUCAUGCUUAACAAUUCACGGUUGCAGAUGGAGCGUCAGAUCCUGAUGCAGAACCAGAUGAGAGAGAGACAGAUGGCCAUGCAGAUUGCCUGGUCCAGAGAGUCUCUCAAAUACUUCGGCUCCUUCUUUACAGUGGCCACAUUGGGACUAACAGCAGGAGCCAUUAAAAGAAAAAAUCCCGGCAUGCUGGCUCCGAUUAUUCCUCUCGGUUUCAUAUUUGCCUAUCAGAUGGACAGCGCCUAUGGGACACUCAUUUAUCGGAUGAGAGGCGAGGCUGAGAAUAUCAUGGCGUCUGAGCACGAUCGUUUGGACCUGCCUCUGGGGACGCCAACGUACGAGAGCAUAGAGAAGGCCCGCCGGGCCAAAACCGGCCUCAUCUCUUUUUUGGAGAAGUGAUUCAUCAGUUGUGACACGAAUCAAGAUCCAAACCGUCCGACCGGUGCGUUCACCUGUGCUAUUUCUGUUUUAUCAUAGAGAACAGCUGUCAGGUCCAAUUUGGGUUCCUUGAACGUGUUGGAGUCUGCGGUUUGCACCAAGUCUACAUCAUGAACCUUUAAAUAAAUCUGUAGCUGUUUUGAUUUUGUAUAGCAAUGUCAUUAUUGAAAGCUGAUUGGCUGAUGAAGUUUACUGAUUUUAGAUGAGUUAAAUGUAUACAUUUACUGUGCUGUUGUGGUAUAAAAUACAAAUGAUAGUAAUAAGCA